AUGUCGAACACUGGGCCUCGUGCAAAUGGAACCCUUGACUUUGGAGCAUCCAGUCCUCGUAUCGUUAUCAUAGGUGCAGGCGCUGGGGGUCUAAUCACUGCCUUGUCCCUGAAGAAGCGCCUCGAGUAUUCCAAUUUUACUAUCUUCGAAAAGGGGUUUGGAUUGGGUGGUACUUGGCGCGAGAACACGUACCCGGGAUGUGCUUGUGACACCGAUUCGCAUUGGUAUUCUAUAUCUUCCGACCCAAAUCCCUCAUGGUCACAAACAUAUCCUGAACAAGCGGAAAUCCUGGCUUACCUCACGUCAGUCGCUGAUAAGCACCGCCUUCAAGAUCACUGUGAAUAUGGGUGUGAGUUCCUUUCCGGGAAAUGGGACGAGCAGAAAAAGCAGUAUACCCUUACCAUCCAACGUCGAGCCCUCAGCAGCGGACCUGAGGACGCCGAACCUACUGACCCUCAGUCUCAGAAGAGCUUUAGUGCCUUCACUCAAUGGGUAUUCAAAAAUGUUCCCGGAAUACUCUGGCUGUUCCGGUUGAGCAUAUUCCUAACGACAGAUAUAACGUACCUGUUUUUCAUAACGUCGCCGGUCACAAACAUCAUUCGUCGGGUCUUCGAAGCACGCUGCAGGCGGUAUAUUCGUCAGCAAGCGCCAAAGCAGCUUCACGAUGACUUGAUGCCAAAUUAUCCUCUUGGGUGCAAGAGGAUUGUGAGAGAUUCUGGUUAUUUAAAUUCUCUGAACCGACCGAACGUUGAAGUGAUCUGGGAUCCUAUCACGGAGAUUGCAGCAGACGGUGUUGUGACCAAACCAAACCAGCCAAGCAAUUCUGGAGUAGACAGUGACACUAGGACCACUCACACGCUUGAUGUGCUCAUUUUGGCAACAGGCUUCGAUACGCGCGUGAGUUAUGCCCUUCCACUCGAGGGGCGUCAAGGCACCACCAUAAAGUCGCUAUUCAGUGAUUCAGGUGGUCCAAUUGCGUACCGAGGCACGACAAUCCCUUUUUUCCCGAAUAUGUUCAUGUUAUCGGGCCCUAAUACCAUCAACGGGCAUGUGAGCACCAUCUAUAUGGAGGAGGUACAAGUCAAUUAUAUCCUGAAUCUCAUCACUCCUAUCCUUGAACCAUGGCUUCAACACAAGAGGUGGUUUCGCCCAAGGGGGCCCAAGACCCAGCUCAGGACUUUGACUGUUGAACCUACCACGAGGCAACGGUCAAAUAUAACGAGAAGCUGCAAAGGAAUUUGGAGAAAACGACAUGGGCAGGUGGUUGCUCUAGUUGGUAUCGAAAUGGUUUGGGGAGGAAUACGGGUAAGUUACUGCUCUCCUCGAUUUUACACUUCGCGGAGAUCCACUUUCGAAUAUCACUCAGCUGUGUUCCCUGGUUACGCCGUUCAGUGGUGGGCGAGUUUACGAAAUGUCGUCUGGAGAGAUUUUUCUGUCGUUCGAGAGGGGGAUACUGCUAAGGAUUGA